CAUGAUGAACACACGUGGGCGCUUGACCUUUUCUCGCCGGAAUUCCCUCCCCUAUUAUCAUCACCACCAAUCAUAUCUAUAUCUCCUCCCCUCUAUCUAUAUUCUAUCACCUCUUUUCAUAUCAAAACUAACUCACCCCCCCAGAGCUAGCUGUACGCAGUAGCCCUCUACUCUAUUUUCUCGCCUUUCUAUCUUAAUCCAUUCUACUGAUAUAUACACUCAGCGAGAGAGAGAGAGAGGGGGAGAGAGAGAGAUGGGGGUGGUGACUUCGUCGAUGGCAGCGAAGUUUGCGUUCUUUCCGCCGAAGCCGCCGUCGUAUAAGGUGGUUGAGGAUGGAGAUGGGAAGAUGAGGAUGAGUAGUGGUGGGAUGACGGAGAGACCAAACGUCGACGUAUUGAAGAUAAAGACCAAGAGAGGUACGGAGAUAGUGGGGAUUUAUUUUAAAAAUCCGGCGGCGAAUAUGACUGUGUUGUAUUCACAUGGGAACGCUGCUGAUCUGGGUCAGAUGUACGAUUUGUUCGCUCAGCUCAGUAUCCAUCUUCGAGUCAACUUGUUCGGAUAUGAUUAUUCGGGGUAUGGACAAUCCACUGGCAAGCCAAGUGAACAGAACACCUAUGCGGACAUAAGAGCUGCAUAUAGAUUCUUACAGGAGACUCACGGGACAAAAGAGGAAGAUAUUAUACUAUAUGGCCAGUCUGUAGGAAGUGGGCCGACAUUAGAUUUAGCAUCACAAUUAUCAGGAUUGAGGGCAGUGGUUCUCCAUAGUCCUAUUCUGUCUGGACUUCGAGUCAUGUAUCCAGUGAAGCGUACUUUCUGGUUUGAUAUAUAUAAGAAUAUUGAUAAGAUACCCUUUGUCAAAUGUCCAAUCUUGGUCAUCCAUGGAACUGCAGAUGAUGUCGUGGAUCACUCACAUGGGAAACAGCUUUGGGAUCUCUGCAAAGAGAAGUAUGAACCACUUUGGGUAAAUGGAGGGAAGCAUUGUGACCUGGAGUUAUUUCCCGAAUAUGUUAGGCAUCUGAAGAAGUUCAUUAUAGCUGUGGAGAAAUCAUUGCAUCUCAGAAGUGUAUCAGGAACAUAUUCAGAUUAUGUAGAGAAUCCGCGACACAGUAGAGACUUUAGAGAGAAACCUAGGCAUAGCACAGAUCAUAGAGAGAUGUCUAGGCCAAGUACAGACAUGAGAGAAAACCCAAGGAUUAGCACAGACCGCAGAGAUAAAUCGUGGGGUAGCUUUGACAAGAGAGAAAAAUUGAAGAAGAAUGCUGAUUAUAAUGAAAAAGCAAAUAAUGACACAGAGCAGCCAGAGAAAGCAAGGAAGAGUAUUGAUCGCUUCGGAGAUAUGGUGAGAUCAGCUGUAUUGUGCAAUACAGACUGUUUUAAGCCCACCAGAACAGUAGGGAUCCAAGGACGAUGAGAGGUUAGUCUAAAAAAUCAAUUUUUUGUCUGGUACCACAUUUUUUCUAUUGGUUGAUCGGGUACACAGGAAAUGUUGGAUUUUCCUAUAUGUUUCGCAGAAGCUAGAAAUAAUUAUUUUGGCUGGACUAAUGACUAUGCAGUGUCAUAUAUCUUUGGGAAAAAUAAUAAACCAGUUUCUCUUUUAUUGGCUA